ACAGAAAUCUAGAAAUUGCUUGAAUAUUACUAUUUCAUAAGAAAAAUUACGUACGUACAAAUUAAAGAGAAUGGUCAAAGAAACAAGUCCAGUGAAUUUAGCAUUCAUUUUAAUAUUAUUAUGUGCAUCAAACGUGUUUGUUUGUAGGGGAGAAUGGGAGCCAACUUGGAGCAGUAGAGCUGCAGAAGAAGCAGAGGCUGUGGCAGCCAUACCAUGCUCAGGACAUGGAAGAGCCUACUUAGAUGGUCUUAUUCUAAAAGGCCAUGAACCUGUUUGUGAGUGCAAUCCAUGCUACGGUGGAUCUGAUUGCUCCAAGUUAUUAUCUGAUUGUGCUGCUAAUGCUGGAAGUGGGGAUCCAUAUUUUAUGGAGCCAUUUUGGAUGCGACAUGCAGCAGGUAGUGCCAUUUUAGUAUCAGGAUGGCAUAGAAUGGGUUAUUCUUAUAGUGAUGGAUCAUACAUCUCACAACUAUUGGUUGAGUACAUAAAAAAACUUCAUGGCAUCGUUGGGAAUGCAAUCACCGAAGGAAAGUACAUCGUAUUUGGAAGUGGCUCAACUCAACUUCUCAAUGCUGCUGUUUAUGCCUUGUCUCCCAACUCUUCAAUGUCUCCAGCAAAAGUCGUAGCCACAGCACCAUAUUACCCGGUAUAUCGAACACAGACACAAUUUUUCAAUUCUAGGGAUUUUAGUUAUGAAGGAGAAACAUCCUCGUGGAAAAACAAGACAGAUAAAAACUCUAUAUUUAUUGAGUUUGUUACUUCACCGAACAAUCCAGAUGGAAAAUUGACUAAGGAAGUUCUUGAAGGUCCUAAUGUAAAAUCCAUUUAUGAUCGAGCCUACUAUUGGCCACAUUUCACUGCUAUUCCUUCACCAGCAGACGAUGAUCUUAUGAUAUUUACAAUUUCUAAGCUCACAGGCCAUGCUGGGAGUAGAUUUGGAUGGGCAAUUGUAAAAGAUGAGGCAGUAUAUGAAAAGAUGUUGACAUAUAUGGAUAUGAACACCAUGGGAGUUUCCCGUGAGGCUCAGCUGAGAGCUUUAAAGCUUUUGGACGUGGCUCUUGAAGGAGAUGGAAAAGAAAUAUUCCAAUUUGCAUAUUCAACCAUGAGAGAUCGUUGGAUAAGGUUGAAAGAAAUCAUAUCUAAAACAAAACGGUUUUCUCUACAGAAAAUUUCUUCCCAAUACUGCACCUUUUUCAAGAGGGACAGAGACGCUUCACCAGCUUACGCUUGGUUAAAGUGUGAGAGACAACAAGACAAUAAUUGCUAUGAAAUCCUUGAAGCUGCUGGCAUCAAUGGCCGUGAAGGAAGUCUCUAUAGUGCCGAUAAUCGUUACGUGCGUCUCAGUCUCAUUAGGAGCCAAGAUGAUUUUGAGAUACUCAUAAACAAGCUCAAAAUUCUUGUUUCUAAGGAAUAGACCAAAUAAAGAAAUAUCAAUAUUCAAUGUCAUAUUAUCAAAAUAUUUACGUGCAUAAUAAAACAUUCUGAAAUCAGUUGAAUCAUUGUCGUUUCUUGUAUAAAAAUAAUAUGGGUUCUUUGUAUUAAAUCAAUGCUAAAUGUAUUGCUCUUAAUGUAAAAAACGUGAUAUAGAAUGAAUAAAAAGCAUUGCUUUUAGUAUUAAGUA